AUUAGAGAUUCUCAUUUGAAGGUGUUGCCAGCGGAGAUAGGAAAAUUGAUCAAUCUAAUUAUGUUAGAGUUUUGGAAUAAGGAAGAAGCACCUAAAAGGAUCUCCUGUCACAAUAGUAUUCUGUUCCUCAAACACGAAAGACUGGACGUAAGAGAGUGUGAUAUGCUACAGUAUCUUUUUGUCUGUCCUUGGCUGGGAGUUCGUCCAAACUUGAAGACCUGAAGGUAGCUUUCCCUGAUGAUGAUGAAGAGGAGAUCUCUCGGAGGACACAUAUCGAACCAGAAGGGAAGAUGGUCCAAGCAAUCAAGUUCCCCAAUUUAUAUGAGAUGCACCUUGAAUUUCUGAAAUUCCUCUUUCACUUUUGCAAUGACAUUGUUGAGGGCACUGAAUUCCCUUAGUUACGAAUCAUGCACUUCAUCGACUUACCUCAGUUCGAGAAUUACUGGCCUACAUUCAACAAAAGCAACUCUUCCACGGAUGCAAAUCAUCUUUUUGAUGAAAAGUGCAGGCAGUCUAGAACAUCAAAAACUCGAUUAUGCUGAAAGCAUAACUGCUUUAUGCACUCACCAACUUCCAACUGACUACUUCAGCAAACUUGAAAUAUUAGGUAAGUGGCUGUGGCAAUUUGAGAAACUUGACGUCCUCAUCAGUGGCCAGAGGGGUUCUGAAUCUCCGAAUACUAAAGAUAAGAUAUUGUUAGUCAAUGGAAGAAGUGAUCACAGAAGAGGAACAAAGAGAAAGGAUGACUAAUGAGCCUUUAUUUCUCUGGUUGGAGAACCUGGAGCUUAGCAAGAUACCACAUUUGUGGCUGUCCUAAAAUGAAGACGUUUGUCCUGGGAUCUGUUAGUUUGCCAAGUCUGGAAUAGCUGUCUGUAGACAAAACAAUCAAUAAGGCUGAGGUGAUAGACAAUCUCAAUAAAGCGAUACAAAAAGAUCUUUAAUUCAAAGGUUUGUCUUGUCCCGCUGCAUAACUUACCAUACUUGUUGGCUGCAUUAAUACUCCCCUUCUCUAAUGCUAUCUUUCCGUUUUCACUUGAAGCAACUUUCUUUUACUUGCCCAAAUAUUUCCCAUUACAAAACUGAAGCAUCAAUGUACUCUCUAUAUCUUUCAAGUAGUUGUACUUUGUAAGCCUGGAUAAAUUUAUACCGUCAACUAAACACAGUAUAAAUCUAACUCCAAAUCUUUGUCCUUUAGCAAUCUCUGUUUCCAGGAAGAAAAGAAGCUAGAGAUGGUGAUGAGUCUGAAGCUAGUGAGUACUCGUCUCACUGUUAAAAAGAUCUCAUGACUCUUGUGCCUAGCAAGUCUCAGAUGUUCUCAAAGUAUCAUUCUGAACUCAAAGUCAGCCAUAAUAAGGGGAACAAUGUAGGUAUCAUUUGAAUUUCUCAAGUGAAUCUUGAUACCUUGUCUAAAAAUAUGUGAACAUUUUGAUGCAUUUUAAAUAAAGACCUUAGACAAAAUAAAACUCAUUUUGUAAUGAUGUGAUAAAUGGAGAAUCUAGUUAUGGAAAAUUGACAAUUAGAGGAUGGAGAACAGACACCACUAUCUUGUCUUGCUGUUCAGUAUGUACUGAUAAGAUCUUUCAUUUGGAUUGUUU